GCCCGCCCAUCUUAUCAGUUUCAUUCAAAGAUUGUUAUCAACAUACUUAAAGCAUCAGGUCUGCCUAUAACUUUUCGGUCUUAAAGUUCAAACACUGCAAGAAAAAACAUAUAUUCCAUCGCGAUGCCUUCAGAUCUCGAGAGUAUCGUGAGAGACCUUUCCACUGCCAUCAGCGGCUACGAUGAUCCUUCAAGCCAAGAGGGUCGCUUGAAGCGCCAAAACAUCUUGCGGCUAGCAAAGCAAAUUAAAGAUGAGGUAGAAGAGCCAAGGGAACGAGCCUACGAAUACAUCAUUCAAAUGGGCGAGAUUCCGGUCGUACGGGUGUUCCAAGAGUGGAAGGCGUUCGAUAUUAUUCCCGAGGAAGGAAGCAUUUCCUAUGCCGACCUGGCAGCAAAACUUAACGCCGAGGAAGCACUCAUCCAGAGGUUUGGCCGGUUGCUUGUGUCCACGAACGUUUUGAAGAGAGCGGGAAAAGAUCAAGUCGCGCACACGAAGUUUUCAAAAAUGUUCACCUCCGACAAUUCACAGGGAGCCUAUUUCGGGGUUUGUUAUGAUUGUGUGGGACUUCCUUCGGCGCACUGGAUGAAAUAUUUCGAGAAAUACGGCCGCAUAGACCCAGUCGAGCCAACGCACAACCCACACAACUUGGCCUGGGGCCACCCCGAGUGGAACUAUUGGGACGUAAUCGACGAAAAACGACAGCUUGAAAUGAAUCUCAGCAUGCAGAAUUCUGACCAAAUUCUUCCAGUCAGGGGAAUGUUUCCGUUCAAAUGGAUCGCGGAGAACGCGCACCUCGUCGCCGACGACGCACCAUUGGUUGUCGAUGUCGGUGGCGGUAGGGGCCAGGCUUUGCAACGCAUGAUGGAAGAGUGCCCGGCUAUCCCUGCGGAGAGACUGGUGCUUCAGGAUACGAAAAUGGUGAUAGAGGAUGGUAACAAGCAGGAUGAACCGGGGCUGCGUGGUGUAAAGAGAGAAGUGAUCGAUUAUUUCAAGGAGCAGCCAUCCAAAGGAGCCCUUAUUUACUACUUGCGUCGCGUCAUGCAUGACUGGUCGGACAAGUAUAAUGUCCAAAUUCUCUCGCAUAUUCGCGAUGCAAUGACUCCUGAAUCACGAAUUCUCAUCACUGAUCAGGUCAUCCCUGAUCCUCCAGCUGUCAUAGCAACGUCUACGGAUGUGUUGAUGAUGCAAAUUGGAGCUAGAGAAAGAACUGUAGAUGAGUGGCACAAUCUGGCGGCGAAGGCUGAACUGGAGGUUGUGAAGAUCUGGCAGCAUCCUUCCACAACUGUCGGAGUUAUUGAGUGCAAAAAGAGGGGUUGAGGUUCCAGUUGUUCUGGUCACAGAAGUCGCUGUCUGAGUAUUGAUGAUAUCGCGUACAAAGAACGUAUAAAAUCUUGGAAAUAAAGAGGUGCCUAUGACAUCUUUCUCAACCAAAACUAUCGAAAUAUCC